GUGCCACUUUCAGGUCUCCUCACACUGCUGGUGUGUUCCAUUUUUUGUCAUAGGGUGCUGGCAGAUUACGGGCCUCCCAUAGCUGCUGCCAGGCCCCUAAUCUGCCAUGGGCCCCUAUACCGCCUCCUCAUGCUGCUGCCAGGUCCAGAGUGUGUCAUGGGUCCCUGUACGGCCUCCCAUUGCUGCUGUCUCCAUCGCCACACUCUGCCAUGUGCCACUUUCAGGUCUCCUCACACUGCUGGUGGUUUCCAUUUUUGUCAUAGGGUGCUGUAUGGCCUCCCAUUGCUGCUGCCUCCACCGCCACACUGUGGCUCCACACUCUGGUUUUGGCCCCGUGACUGCCCAAAUGAGUGAAGUGUGCGGUGAUUCUAAGAUCGACGGCACUCAUCUGCAUGUCAUACUG